UGGCUAACGGAAACUCUAAAGUGUAACAAAACAACAUUUUCAAAAUGCUAUUUUUUAUAACUUUCUGUUGUUAUUAUUAACCGUAUAUUAAUAUGACUUCGUUUAUUUCGAACUGUUUCGGGUUGUUUUAGCUCAACAGCGACGGGAAUCAUGACUCGUGCUGAGAAAAAUAGCGUUCGUGUGCGUUCUGCUCGUAAGGUUUUUCUUGGUUAGCGUUCAGAUGCGUUUAUUGACGUUUAAAAAGACGUGACGUCACGUUUCGUGUCAGUUUCUCUGUUUAAAUUAGUUAUAGACGUCUAUACGUUUACCAUUUGAUCGCUGGAGGCGAUAGUGUUUUGCAUGAAAGCUCUUUAAGUCCAGUUAUGGCCUCUCAGAAUGUUUUUUUUGCCAUCGAUGUGGAUUAUCGACCAGAAGAGAGCAACAGCACAACUAGUGCCUAUCAGAAUCACCUUAAACACUGGAUACUAAGAGUCCUGCUCAGUUUGGGACACAAAUAUGGGCUGGAAAAAGUGCGAUGGGGUUAUAAAUUUUUCCAUUCAAGGACUGUGAAGAGUGCAACACUUAUAACCAGAGGAUCUGAUUUCAAGGAGCUCCAGGAGAAGGUGUUCAGUGACUUUGAAGAGGAGCUGCUUGUCAAGUUCAGUGUAGAAGGAAAGUCACCCAAAAGUCUGGGGAAGUCCAACAAACUGAAACCCAGCCCAGCUAGUUGUGUCCAGAAUGCCUUGAAAGAGAUCCUUCUAGACUUACAAUGGGACAGACCUGAUUUAACAUCUCCCACCAAAGUGACACUGAGACCAAGGAGGUCGAGUCGAAGUGGCAGAAAUAUCCCUCUGCAGGACUAUGACAUGCUAAGCAUUGACAAAAAUGUCCUUUUUGUCGUGUCUGAAUGUCCACGGUCCAAAGAAGAGUUGGAAGACUACUUGUCCAUUCAUAGAGAUGACAGUACACAUCAUAGAGACAUACAUGAGCAGGUGCUGCCCAAAGGGCUCAUAGAGAUGCUUAUGCAACGCAAAGUUGUGCUUCAUUGGGCUGAUUCUGGUAUAUUGAAGGCUAAUCAUGUGGUGGAGGACUACACUGGCAUUGAGUCAUUGGCAGAGCUUCUCAGGCAGGUUGGUGGACAGGUGGUGCCCAUGCUGUCUCCUCGUUUGCCAUUGAUGGACCAGCAUUCUGAGAUAAGCCCUUUGCUGGGUUUGGGAAUAGAUGCCUUUCCUAUAGAUUCAACCAAUAACUACCUUCAGUUGUCUGAAAUAAUGCACCGACAAGUGUUUCCUCCUUUGGGUGGAUCUCUAUCCUGGAUUGAAGAUGGGAACAGGCAGUCCUGUAGUGUGACUCUGGAGCCGGUAUCAUGCAGGCAGAGGUUUCUGCGGGCUCCUGUGGACGUGGUUCUCAGAGGUGUCCUGCAGGACCGGGACUCCAUCUGCCUCUCACGUUCAGCCUCUGAGAGCUGGAUACUGCAGUGCACAGAUGCUGAACUGGGCCAGGAGGCUUUUCAGCACUUAAAGCAGUUGUCCACUGGAGGAUCUGCCAUGCUAGCAGAUGUGAGUGAAGGAGGUGUGGUGUGUUCAGCGGUGCUGUCGAUGCUCUCCUCCUGUACGGCUCAACUCACUGUCCUUCAGCCUCUGGUUAAUCAGGAAGACCAGCUCCUGCCUGCAGACCUCGUUUCCUUGGACACCACAGACAUCUCCAGUGACCUACCUGAUGUUGUCAGCAGUGUUCUUAAUGUCAUGUAUGAUAUCAUGGAGGAUGAGGAUUGUUCAGAUCAAGUAAAGUCGCCUUUUGUUCCUGACUGGGCCAAUCAAGAUCUCAAGCAGGGGUCUUGUUCAAGGAGAAAUGUGCUGGUAGAGGGAUGGUUUCCUUUAUCUGACCAAUCAGGAAUCAGCUGCCACUUAAUGGAAUCAAUGAGGCUCCUGCAUGCAGCUCCAGAGGAAGAGGAGUGGGGAGAGGAGUACUCAGAUACUCAGCAGGAGAUCACCAGCAGUCUCUCAGAGCUCUAUCAGAGCAGCACAGCUGGAUCCAGUGGCAACCUGAGGUCCAAAAAACGAGGUACACAAUGCACACCAGUAAGGCAGAAGAUGAAGACCAUGAGUCGCUCUCUACAGAUGCUGAAUUUUGCUCGCUUAAACGUGAAAGCUCAAAAGACUCAGGGUGAUAGCAGCUCUGCUGGAUCUGCCAAAGGAGCUGAAAAAGGGGGCAAGAGAUGCUCUGGGGAUAGGACCAAGCCUCGCCCAUUGUAUUUCAACAGUGAGGAAGAGAUGAUCACCCACCUGGGACUCACUUAUCAGAAAGCUGUGGAGAACAGAUCUGUGUCUGUUCCCGCUCAAGUCCAGGAUAUGCUUUCAGUUGUUAAGGCAUUCAUCAAAACCAACACUGAUGUGGAGACUUCGUUCUUGAGCUUGGUGCAGAAGCAUCUAUUGAAAUCCUGUCAGUUUAUUCGCCAGCUUUAUGGAAAUUCUUCAGACGAAGAAAGUAAAAUAAGGGAAUGCCAGCUGCAAGCAGUUCUCAGACUUGAAUUGUGCAGGCAACCAGAACAACAAGAAAACGAGGAGGUUGUGGAACAAAGAGUUGAGGAUGUGGCUGAUAUGCUCCGAAUUAUCUCCCGGAGUAAAGAUGCUGUUUACUUAUCCAAAUUCAUGCAGGAUGAAGUUCUGCCAGUGUUCCUGAACAGCAUCCCUAAAGUCUUGGCAGACGUCUACCACAGUUUAGGAACUCAGUUGCCUGAGGCGCUUGUUGCUGUCCUGCCCUCUGACUUCUUCAGUGAUGAGUCUAUGGCUAAGGACAGUGUGUCUGUGAGUCCUUCACCUUUCUCUGCAACACAGAGCAAUGCAUCCAGUGUCGGAGAUCAUCUGGAGGAACUCCGCAAUCGCUCUGCUAAAAAGAGGAGACAGAACAUGCUCACACGCCACAAAAGCAUGACUGAGGCUCCUCAGGCACUUCGACAGAUAGAAAUCCCAAGAAAGUCCACACGCCUGGCAAAGCCGAAACUCUGUAUCCCGGUAGAAAAACCUGCUGUGGAAGAACCACCACCUCCAAAGCAAGCAGUUCAAGAAGUAACAAAGGUAAGGAGAAAUCUUUUCAACCAAGUGGCCGCAUCGCCCUCAAAGAAGUCCAAAAUGCCACGGAGCCAAUCUGUGUCAGCAGUAGAGGGACUCAAGAAAUGCAAGCGUUCACAUAUGGAAGAUGAAGGACGACACGCUCUUCUGACAAAGAAAGUAUCUGAGACACCACUGCAUAAACAGGUGUCCAAUCGUUUACUUCAUCGGCAAAGGACUGGCAGAAGAUCUGGAGAAUCUGAUGUGUGCAUCAUUGAAGAGUCUCCUGUCAAACCAGCUGCUUACUUGAGGAGGAGCCCAAGAAUUAAAAGCCUUACCAGGAGACAUUCCAGUGUGUUCUAUUCAAGCCAACAGCCACGCUCGCGAAACCUGGACCGUGCCAUCUCCUCCUCUCAACUCUGCCACUCUGAGAGUAAAGGAGGAUUCAAUGUUAGUUCUGUUAGGUCGCCAGUUCGGCUUCUUUUUGGUGCUACCCAGUCCCCUGCUCGCCUAAGGCACAUUACAGCAUCCUCAUCAGAAGAUCAAGGCAGCAAAGAGUUGUCACUCAGGUCUGCCGUUUUUGAGAGUCAAAAUAAAACUCCACAGAAGUUAAGAUCUUAUCCAAUAGGAUCUGCAGUUGGGUGCAGAACCCCUCAGUCCCCAAGAACUCCAAGCCGGACAGUUGGAGAGAAUGGGAUGACCCUGCGAGGGAGCCCUUUUCAGUCACCGGCUGCAAAGAGCCUAGUGGUAGAGACACCCAAGAAAAGCCCACUGAAGGGGAUACUUAAGACUCCAAUGAAAAGCCCCUUGGAUUGUGUUUCUCCAAAUGGCGCUUGGUUGAGGAGCCCAGACUGUAGAACGCCAAAGAAGAGCGUGACAUGGUCUCCAUCUCCACGGAAAUACCUGCCAGAAAACCCAAUUGAUGUGCCAGAGUCUCCAAUAUUUACAAAAAGAUACUCACCAAGGCUGAUUACACAUGGCAAGAAUGGCAGCCCAGAGGAAAGAAAUGUUUUCAAAACACCCGAGAAGGUGCCCCAAAGGAAAUCCAAGGCAUCUCCUGGAACAGUACCUAGGGCACUUGAAACGGGCAUCCCUGGAACUGUUGAUCCAGAAACAUCUCAGUCCAUUACGAGAUCAGGAAAGAUGAGGAGGACACUGAGCUUACCUUGCAACAUUACUGAAAAGUCUGGUGAGUUUGCUUCCGUUGACUCACAACAAUCUGAUUCCAGUCCAUUUCCUUUCUGUGCUUCACCAUUAAAACCAAAUAUACAAACUCCCAUAAAAAGUCCCAGCAGCUCAACACACAAGAUGUGCACUCGCUCUGGAAGAACACCUGUAAAAGAGUCCUCGUUGCCUUCAAACAAGUUUCAAGCCAUUACAGGUUCUAGCCCUUCACCUUCUAAAGGUCUGUCUGUGGUUGUAUCAAAAUUAAAUGCAUCACCGUACUCUGGUCGUCCUAGAUCAGUUAUCCGCCAUCAAAGCUGUUCACCCACUUGUAAUGUGGGAGAAUUUCCACAGGAUAACAGAAUGAUUGGGCAAAAAGAGAUCAACCAUGGAAAAGCUGAAGAGGCGUCAUCUUCAGACUCCCAGCAGUUUGAUUGCUCUGAAUUCAGCAUUACUACAGAUGAUGAAAGCAUUGAUAUAUCGGAGGCCUCAGUGGUGAAGACCCAGCUCACAGGGGGCAUUAAGAUGAACAUCGCUUUCUCAAGGAAACCCUCUAGAUCCUCAGAGGUUUUCGAAUUUAAGGGAAAACAAGUUAUCCCCACCAUUACCAUACCAAGUCGAAGUUAUGGCUUCCGUCAAACUCCAGACCGGCGCCAAAGAGAAGCGGAAGCACGUCUUGGACACUCCUCGGGAACACCAAAGAUCUCCACCCCAAGAACACGGCGAAGUCCUGCAUGUGGAAAGAUGCCCACUCCUCAGCCACUUACUUAUGAAGUGGAGAUGGAAAUGCAGGCGUCAGGCCUGCCUAAACUAAAGUUAAGACGGACCGAUUCUUUCAAUGCAGGUGAUGCACCUAGUAGUGCAACCAAGGGCAUGGCCUCACAUCUUGUGCACCGAAACAUGUCAAAUGUGAAGGCGCCACAAGUCGACAGCCCACUUGCACAAUGUUCUAGACAUCCUGGCUGCAUUUCUCCAUCACUCUGCAGUCGAGGAACCCCUGCCAAAGGUACACCUGGGAAGGGUGUGCAGACGUACAUAUGUCAGUCGAUCACUCCCACACAUUAUCCAGCAAAUAGCCAAUCCCCAUUGGCAUCCCCACUGACUCCAUCUCCUCAAAGCAGAGGAUGGUCAACCCCAGAGAACCUCAAUAGUUGGCCUCGUAAGAAAAGAGCUCGGACCGAGACUUGCGGGAGCAAAGAGCAGGUCAUCAAAGAGGUUCCGCUCCUGGAAAAGACUGCGGUGUUGGAGGACCCAGAACUCUCUGGUGUUUUCCGUAUUCAAGGGGUGGAAGAACUCAAGGCGUCGCUGAGCACCCCAGUCAGUCAAAGAAAACUGGGUUUGAGAUCAAGCCAGGUGAUGGACCAUCAGUGCUCACCGGAAGGCAUGGAUUGGACCGAGACCGUGGUUCAAGAGUGUGAUGCUAGAGACCCUACGAAGUCUGAACAGUUUGCGUGGAUGGGCAGAAAAGUGGACACCCCUAAAGUAAAGAAACCUGUGUCUGCCAGUGGAAUCUUCGCUCUCACUCAGUCACCUCUGUUAUACAAGAAAUCAGCUGUAACCAGUGAAGCAGCACAACUUAACGCAUCAAGGUCUGAGCUGGAUAUCUCUCCUCUUUGCCAGCCGAGAAGGCGAAGGACACCUAGUAGGACUUACAGCCGAAAGAAACUUCUAGACUAAGUUUGUCAUUAUAAAAAGUACUUUUGGUUGCCCUGUCUUGCACUGUUGCUUUUAGAAAAACAAAAGCUUUUUUAUAACCAUUUUAUUGUCUGUUUUAGCUCACUUUAUUCUCAUUUGCUUGUAUAAUAAUGCAUUACCAAGUAUUGUAUUUUUUGUACUCUAUGUAUUAUACCAAUAUUAUAUGUCAUAUGGCAUCAGUUAGGUGCAGCAUAAGUUUGAACUUGUCUGAACAUCUGUUGUGAAAAUAAGGUGGAAACAUUUUUCUUUUGCCUUUUUCAAUCUAAUGAAAUCAAGCUUUAAUUGCUCUUGUUUGUUAUUUAUUUAUUUGUGCUUAUUGUUCUGUGGAUUUUUUUUAUUGUAGCGUGUUUCUUAACAGUUCAGGAGCUCGCUUGCGAUAUCUUUGUCAAUGUGAAAUAAAUGUAAAUCUAAAUGUAAACAGAUUAUUUUAAUAAAGACAGUUGUUCUUAAACCUCUGCAUGCCACUUUAAUCAAUCCUGAUGUUUUCGUAAAAUAUCUGCACAUUUAAUAGCCAGCUUAAAAGCAGGGUGAAAUGUUUUGCAUAGAAAGGGAUGUUAGUCAUGAUCUGAAUGUCUCAGCUGUGUUUGUACUUAAUGUCUGCCAGUAAAAGAAAA